GCGCCGGCGGCACCGACAACGUCGGCGGGCAGCGGAGCCGGCGCGGGCGGCGGCGGGGCCGGUCCUGGCUCGGCCCGCGAGGGUUGGCUCUUCAAAUGGACCAACUACAUCAAGGGAUACCAGCGCCGCUGGUUCGUGCUCAGCAAUGGGCUGCUCAGCUACUACCGAUCCAAGGCGGAGAUGGGCCACACGUGCCGCGGCACCAUCAACUUGGCCACGGCCAACAUCACCGUGGAGGAUUCCUGCAAUUUCAUCAUCUCCAACGGCGGAGCCCAGACCUACCACCUCAAGGCCAGCUCCGAGGUGGAGCGGCAGCGCUGGGUCACCGCCCUCGAGCUCGCCAAGGCCAAGGCUGUCAAGAUGCUGGAGGAGUCAGACGACUCUGGCGACGAGUCGGUGUCGCAGACGGACAAGACGGAGCUGCAGAACACCCUGCGGAUUUUGUCCAGCAAAGUGGAGGACCUGAGCACCUGCAACGACCUGAUCGCCAAGCACGGCACGGCCCUGCAGCGCUCCCUCAGCGAGCUCGAGGCCCUGCGGCUUCCCCCGGAGAGCACGGACAAGAUCAAGCAGGUCAACGAGCGGGCCACGCUCUUCCGCAUCACCUCCAACGCCAUGAUCAACGCCUGCCGGGAUUUCAUGCUCCUGGCACAAACGCAUGGGAAGAAGUGGCAGAAGUCUCUGCAGCAGGAGCGGGAUCAGCGGAUCCGGCUGGAGGAGACGCUGGAGCAGCUGGCCAAGCAGCACAACCACCUGGAAAGGGCUUUCCGGGGGGCCACGGUGCUCCCCGCCAGCACGCCCGGCACUGCAGGCUCUGGCAAAGAUUUGUGCUGCCCUGCCAAAGGCGACCUGAGUGACGAGGACGAUGACAACAAUGAGUUCUUCGACGCCCCGGAAAUCUUCCCCAUGCCCGACAUCAUGGGCCACAAGAGAACUGGGAGCAACAUCAGCGGCACCAGCAGUGACAUCAGCCUGGAUGAGCAGUACAAGCACCAGGUUGAGGACACCAAGAAGGAAAAGAGAACCCGCAUUCCCUACAAACCCAACUACAGCCUCAACCUCUGGAGCAUCAUGAAGAACUGCAUUGGGAAGGAGCUGUCCAAGAUUCCCAUGCCAGUGAAUUUCAAUGAGCCGCUGUCCAUGCUGCAGCGGCUGACGGAGGACCUGGAAUACCACGAGCUGCUGGAUCGGGGGGCGCGGUGCGAGAGCUCCCUGGAGCAGCUGUGCUACGUGGCCGCUUUCACCGUGUCCUCCUACUCCACCACCGUCUUCCGCACCAGCAAGCCCUUCAACCCGCUCCUGGGGGAAACCUUCGAGCUGGAUCGCCUGGAGGAGAACGGAUACCGCUCCCUCUGCGAGCAGGUGAGCCACCACCCGCCGGCUGCUGCCCACCAUGCCGACUCCAAGAACGGCUGGACGCUGCGCCAGGAAAUCAAAAUCACCAGCAAAUUCCGAGGGAAAUAUCUCUCCAUCAUGCCUCUGGGCACCAUCCACUGCGUCUUCCACUCCUCUGGCAACCACUACACGUGGAAAAAGGUGACGACCACCGUGCACAACAUCAUCGUGGGGAAGCUCUGGAUAGACCAGUCAGGUGAGAUCGAGAUCGUCAACCACAAGACAGGGGACAAGUGCAUCCUCAAGUUUGUCCCUUACAGCUACUUCUCCCGGGAUGUGGCGAGGAAGGUGACCGGGGAGGUGAUGGACCCCUCGGGAAAGGUGCAUUUUGCCCUGCUGGGCACUUGGGACGAGAAGAUGGAUUGCUACAAGGUCCAGCUGGCAACAGGGGACAACGGAGCCGAGGCGCGGCCACGAGCCCACGAGGCUGAGGACAGCCGGGUGCUGCUGUGGAAGCGGAACCCGCUCCCGAAGUACGCAGAGAACAUGUACUACUUCUCGGAGCUGGCGCUGACCCUGAAUGCGCCGGAGAGCGGGACGGCCCCCACGGACAGCCGGUGGCGCCCGGACCAGCGCCUCAUGGAGAACGGGAGGUGGGACGAGGCCAACGCCGAGAAGCAGCGGCUGGAGGAGAAACAGCGGCUCUCCCGUAAGCGCCGCGAGGCCGAGGCCGCCCGCGCCACUGAGGACGGGACACCCUACGAUCCCUACAAACCACUGUGGUUCGAGCGGAAGAAGGACCCGGUAACGCAGGAGAUGGCGCACGUCUACAAGGGGGGCUACUGGGAGAGCAAGGAGAAGCAGGACUGGAGCUUGUGCCCGGAUAUUUUCUGAGCCCGACGAGGAGGAGGAGGAGGAGCGGCGAGGGGGGAGGGAUGAAGGCCAGGACCCCCCCGUCGUCCAUCCGUCUGUCUUAACCGUGUGUCCCCGUGCCUCGCCGUGAGCGCCGGCCAGGCUUUGCCUUAGCCCACCCAAACUGACCUUGGGGAGCAGGAGCCAACACAGCCCCCCUCAAAUCUGUGCUGGAGCAGGGGGGUCCGUUCAUCCCACCCACCUCCUCGGUACCCUGGGGUGGGAAGCACGGCCGCCCCUGGGGUGGGGGGCCCCGGGGAAGGUGCAACGGGGCGAGCCCGAGGCUGGCCUUGGUCUCCCCCCCUCCCCUUUUAUUCCCAUUCCCCUUUGCCCCCAGAAGUUCGGGUGCUUUUGGGGUCCGGGGAGGGGCCAGCCUCCCCCCCAGCCUGUUCUAUAGGUGUAUAUUAUAUAUAUGUAGAGAGCAAUCGGGGUCCCCUUCUCCCCCACAGCCCCCAGUUUAGGGGGUCCUUGCCCUCCCCGGGGUGCUCCCCACGCGUGGAGACCCCUCAUGAGGUGCCUUCCCUGUAGGUUUAGGGCAGGGGGAGGGCCUGGGUUUUGGGGGGAGGGGGGUCUCUCCAGGGUGCAGUGGGACCCCUGCACCCCCAGACACUACGGGGGGGGGAGAUGCGCCAUGGGGGGAGUCUCUGCACCCCCAAAUCUGAAAUUGGGGGCGUUUGAUGCCUUUUUAUUUUAUUUUUCCUUUUUUUCUUUUUUUUUCUUUUUUUUUUUGUCUCCGGAAAAAGAACUAAAUUAAAAUCUGUGAAUGCCCCAA